AUGUCGGUUUGCAAUUGGUUCGUGGUACUCGCGUGGAUCGCUCAUUCGCAUGGUGGCUCUGGUCCGGCUCUUGACUCUCGUCAAGUCACCUACUCAUUAUCAAAGCUCAGUCCUGCUCAAUUGCAGUCCCUGGAGGACAUUACCUCCUCAUCGCCUCGGGUACAAAACGACCAUUUCAAGCCGGAGCCCAAAAGCACGUACUUCAUAUAUACUACAUUCAUCCACCGAGUCUCAUCAACACCCACGACGCUACCACUCUACAAUCAGGAUCGAAAUGACCCUGCCCGAACCCCACAUCGCCGCAGACAGUUUCUUCCACAGAAUACCAUCACUAGGCGACUAAUUUCCUAUUACCAUGUCUUCCUCUCCCUGCUCAGCAAGAAUAUAGCAUCCAGCCAACUAGCAUGCCAUAACGGAGUGCAUAUCGUGGGUUAUAGUCUCGCAGGUUUUGAGCUUGAGACCGGGGCUGUUCAAAACGAAGACGGAAGGCAAAUCUACGACCUUGAGGAACAGAUAUGUUUCGUGCAGAGGCGAUUAAGGGAGAAUAUGCGGCGCUUACGCGCAGAUCCCACCGUUUCAAAGCAUCAUGAUCUUGGUUCUGAUGCAGCAACUGAGACUGAGACACCGAAACCGAAAGUCAUCCUUAUCGGCCAUUCGGUUGGCACGUAUAUUGCGAUGGAGAUUCUACGACGACAUCUUGAACGGCAGAGCACUCCUAGCGACGAUGACGAUGUCGCAGUUGACUUCGAAAUCGCUGGUGGCAUAAUGCUCUUCCCCACAGUCCUUGACAUUGCAAAGUCCCCAUCGGGGCAGAAAUUAACUUUUCUCCUCCGCAUAAUCCCGCAGCUAGCGCUCAUGGUCUCCAUCUUCGCGUGGGUCCUGACGACAGUCCUUCCUGAUGGUCUUCUGCGAAGCCUAGUCCGGUGCGUGAUGCGCUCGCCGCCUGAGGAUGCGGUUGAUGCCACGACGAGGUUCUUGAAAAGUCGACGGGGUGUAAGGGAGGCUUUACAUAUGGCGGCAGAUGAGAUGAGGACAAUCACCUCUGAUAAAUGGAGUGAUGAUGUUUGGGGUGUGUCGCGCGCUACGCAUAAGAGCGACGCACACUUGACGUCCAAACCGCCAAUCCAGCUACUAUUCUACUUUGGACGUAACGACCAUUGGGUCGCGGAGAAGACGAGGGAAGAGAUCCUUGCUGCGCGAGGUGGGAUGCGGACUGGGCAUGGACCGAAGAUGGUUGUGUGUGAGGAAUCUGUGCCACAUGCGUUCUGUCUGAGGCACAAUGAGAUCAUGGCGCGUAAAGUGGCUGAUAUGGUUCAGGAGGUGUUAAACUAA